AACGGUUUAUACUUUGUUGCAUGUCUCAAGAGAGGAAAGAUAAUAUAAAUCUUGUAUUAAGUGAUAAGUUUAACCUCUAGAAAAUGAAGUCUGUGCGUAUAAAACCAGCAGGUUCUGCUCGCAAAUUAACAAGCCGUCUAAAGGGUAACAAUAUGAUAUCUAAAGAUCCAGUUCAAGUUUAUUGUCGUUUACGGCCAAUGCAACAUCCUACAGAUGUAUCGUGCAUGAAAGUUACGUCGGAUACAUCUUUGAUUAUUACACCACCGGAAUCAUCAACGAAUUUUCGUACUUCUAGUAACAAAGAAAUUCAAACAACGUUUAGUCGUGUAUUUACUCCCGAUGCAACACAAAAGGACAUUUUUAAUGUAGUUGCCUAUCCAUUAGUCGAAAAUGUAAUUCGCGGUAGAAAUGGCCUUUUGUUUACCUAUGGUGUAACAGGAAGUGGUAAAACAUAUACGAUGACCGGCGAACCUCAAGAUGUCGGUAUAAUGCCUCGUUGUCUUGACGUUAUUUUUAAUAGUAUUGUUAAUUAUCAAACGAAAAAAUUUGUCUUUAAACCAGACAAAUUAAAUGGUUUCGAUGUACAAGGCGAUGCCGAUGCAAUGCUCGAUAGACAAAACGAGCUUCACGCAGGACUUAUGUCUCAAAGAAAUGGAAAAUCAGGCAGGACACACAAAGCAGACAGCGAUACCGACAGUAAUCCGAUGAUGGUUCGCGAGAUUGAUGAAUCAAAAGUAGUGAUAAUAGAUCAAGACAGUGCCUAUGCAAUAUUUGUUACUUAUGUUGAAAUAUAUAAUAACAGCGUGUAUGAUUUAUUGGAAGAUGAUGAAAUUAGAGCCAAAACGUUACAGAGUAAAAUAGUAAGAGAAGAUGGCAAUAAAAAUAUGUAUGUACAUGCCGUGACAGAAAUCGAAGUAAAAAGUUCAGAGGAAGCGUUUGAAGUAUUUCAACAUGGUCAACGUAGACGAAGAGUUGCCCACACUGCUCUUAAUGCAGAAUCAAGCAGAUCGCAUAGCGUUUUCACCAUUCGUCUUGUGCAGGCUCCCUUAAAUUGCGAAGGCGAACAAAUUAUACAAGAUAAACGUGUAGUGUGCAUUACUCAAUUGUCUUUGGUAGAUUUAGCUGGUAGCGAAAGAACCAAUCGAACCAAAAAUACAGGUCAACGACUAAGAGAAGCAGGUAAUAUUAAUAAUUCUUUGAUGACACUUCGAUCGUGUUUGGAAACUUUAAGAGAAAAUCAAAUGCAGGGUACAAAUAAAAUGGUACCUUACAGGGACUCAAAACUUACCCAUUUGUUUAAAAAUUAUUUUGACGGAGAAGGACAAGUUAGGAUGAUCGUCUGCGUUAAUCCAAGAACGCAAGAUUUUGAUGAAACAAUUCAAGUUAUGAAAUUCGCUGAAAUGACUCAGGAAGUUCAAGUAGCACGACCAGCAGUUACAAAAUUAGAUCUUGGUUUUACACCUGGUAGAAGGCAGGCAAAUAAACUGUUUAAGGAGGCGCGCAGUAAAUUAGAAAAGGAAGGUCGUCCCGAAGCUGCCGAUCUAAAGAUUGACAUAGGCUUAGUAUAUAGUUUGGGUGGUCCAUUUCCUGAAUUGGACCUUAAUUCGCCGUGCAACGAUCGAAUAAUUACAAAUUUGAUGCAUUUUUUGGAACAGCGGAUCAAUAAACGGAAUAUGUUACGUGUCGAUGUACAACAAAAACAAAACGAUUUUAGAAAGAUGUUGAAGGCAGUGGAACAAGAAAAUAUGAAUUACAAAAUUGAAAAUGCUUCUCUAAGGGCAACUAAUGUACAACAAAAAAAGAAGGUUUCUGCAUUGGAAGGACAUUUAUGUAAAACUGAAGAACAAAUUAAUAGUUUGCUUCGCAAACUGAAUCAUGCAAACGAUACGAUACGUAGCUUGCAGCAAGAGUUAAAAGAUAGAGACAUGGCUUUGAAUCAACGCUUGAUAGAUAAACAGAGAGUGAAACUAAAGUAUAAUACUAAAAUGCAACUGGAAACCGACAAAAUGAACAAGGAAUUAGAGAUAAAGUUACGCCAACAACGUGAACAGUUACAUAAUCAAAUGAAGGAGAAAGAAGAUAAAUUGAGACUAGUGAAGCAAAUUCUUGUCGAUGACAAUAACAUAAUUAGCUUUACGCCUGUUUCUGCGAAAGAUCGAGUUGUGGCUACACCUAACUCAGAAGUAACGAAAACAACAGAUGCUCGAUCGCGGAGGGAUAAAACGGCUGUUUCGAACCUAAGACAUAGACGUUCACAAAGUGCUGACAGAUGGAUUGAUCACAGACCAGGAGCACUCGUUCCUUUAGGAACUGUUCUUCAACCAUUAAUGCGUAGGAGACGUAGCAUUACGCGACUUGCAGAUCCGAAGGAGAUCACGGAUGGUGCAUCUAGAUACUGUCUUGUCGCACAAGAACACGAUACGGAUGGCGAACUUGAAACAAAACUAUACAAGGGAGAUAUAUUACCAACUAGUGGAGGAGGUGCACAAGUUGUGUUUAAUGAUAUGGAGUGUUUAAAGCAAUUAUCCCCAAAGGCAAGAAAACGCAGCGGCCCGUUAGAUGUAAAUAAUAUAAAUGAAAUUGGUACACCGACUCAUUCAUCUACAUUCGUGGAGGCUCAUUCCAAGAGGCCGCGUGUUGUAAAUUAA